AUGGGCACUCACAGAGUGAAUCUGGCGGUGAUCAUCAAGAACCCAUCAAACGAUGAAGAAUUUCUUCUCAUCAAGCAAACCCCACCACCCAAACUCAACGAUCCUGAAUAUGAUUCUUACCAAGAUUCUGACCUCUGGGAUUUGCCUUUGACACUUUUGACUCCACUGGAUUCUCCAUUAAGUCAACAUAUUUCGGUUGGAGCUGAGGAUUCAUCUCUAUUAGAAAACUUUGGUUUAUUGAAUCAGUUUGAUCUUAAAUUAGCUCUCGAUCAGGAGUAUCCUCCUGGUGUUAAACUUAUUCCCAUGGGAAGCCGAACAGCAAAGCCUUUCCACACUACAAACUUAGUUGUAUUUUUUCCUGGGACUAGUUAUGAUGGCUACGAUGGUGAUAGUUUUGUUACUUGUGGAGAUGUACUGAUUGUUGAUCCAGGUUGCAAGUCUACUUUGCAUAAAGAGCUUGAACAAAUCAUUGCUGCACUUCCACAAAAGUUGAUCGUGUUUGUAACCCAUCAUCAUCAUGAUCAUGUUGAUGGUCUCUCAAUUGUUCAGAAGUGCAAACCUGAUGCUGUUCUCUUAGCUCAUGAAAGUACCAUGCGCCGGAUUCAAAAAGAUGAUUGGUCUCUUGACUACGUUCCAGUUUUGGGAUCUGAAGAAAUUUGCAUUGGUGGUCAACGUUUGAGAAUCAUUUCAGCUCCUGGGCAUACGGAUGGCCACAUGUCAUUGCUUCAUGUCAGUACUCACUCACUGAUAGUGGGUGAUCAUUGUGUGGGCCAAGGAAGUGCCCUCUUGGAUAUUACAUCUGGUGGAAAUAUGAGUGAUUAUUUCCGCACAACUUACAAAUUUAUGGAUCUUUCUCCACAUGUGCUGAUUCCCAUGCAUGGUAGAGUCAACAUGUGGCCAAAACACAUGCUUUGUGGAUACCUCAAAAACCGCAGAAAUAGAGAAUCUACAAUCUUGAAGUCUAUAAAAGGUGGAGGGAAAACGUUAUUUGACAUUGUUGCAUAUACGUAUGCUGAUGUUGAUCGCAGUCUCUGGCUUCCUGCCGCAUCAAAUGUGAGACUUCAUGUGGAUCAUCUAGCUCAGCAGGAUAAAUUACCAAAGGAUUUCUCUCUAGAAAAUUUUAAUAGCAGUCUUGCUGAGUUUGCUGGAAAUGUGGCUAAAAUUGCACUUGACCUCAAACUCCACUCUGCUUUGCCAUGUAUAGGAAUUUUCCCUACAAAAGUUUCAGUCGACUUGCAAGCUACAUUUCCUGUCCCAAUGGGCUUGGGCAUAUUUAUGUAA